UUAUCGAGUUGGCAUCUCUGAAAAUUUGAUAGUUGUCAAGGCAAAGCAUAUUUUCUUUGGUGUUACUUUUACUUACUUUGUGACGAUGCCAAAACUCUUUCAUAGCUUGCUUUCGCAUCGCUACGAUCGCAAGAUCGAGCAUUUCUAUGAGCGCUAUGAGGCUAUUAGCCGCGUGGUGCCCAACAUGCCGCCCAUGCCGCGUCCUUUUCCCAGCAGCGGCAGUCACCGCGGCUCCAACAGCAGCUUUAAACUCGCAACUGGCGAGUCAAAACCCGGAUGUCACACAUUUUACUAUGGCAACCUUGAACCGAACCCCGAUUGGCGCACUGGCGACAAUGUGUCCAUUGUGGAGCGUCGUCGCAUGGAGCAGGCGAGUGACACACAGUUGAUGGACAUUGAAACAAAUCCGGGCAGCGAAUUCAGUCAUACAAUUUGGGAACUCGAGUUUCCUGGCCAAGAAGUCGUCUUUCCGGAGAACAAGAAGCAUUGCGGCGCCAAGUUUGGUAAGAUUAAGGUAAUAAUCAAAGGCCGUGGGCGUGGUCGCAAGCCAGAUUAUCUGAAGCGUGCCGAACAGCAACUAAAGUUGCAACAAGCUCAAGCGGAGGCAUCGCAGAAAGCCGUACAGGUUGCCAAAAAGACGCCAGAGCGACGUCGCUUUAAGCAACCCGGCGAGCAAUUUGUAUGCGAGGAUUGCAAUAAGAAAUUCGAUCAUUCUUGGAUGCUGGUGGCACACAAGCGCAUCCACACCGGUGAGAAGCCAUUUGUUUGCCCCAAUGAGGGUUGCCAAAAGUCGUUUGCAGAUCGCUCCAAUCUGCGCUCACAUCAGCGUACCAUGGGUCAUCAUAGUUGGCAAUUCCAGUGCGGACAGUGUAGCAAGUACUUUAGCCAAGAGUGUUACCUCAAUCGGCACUCGUUGGAUGCUUGUCGCAAGUAUCUGAUGUCCACACGUCACAAGAAACAAUACUCGUAAAAUGCAAAACUCAACUUGUUGUCUCAAUUCUAAUAAAUUAAUUUAAACAAUUAUGCAAACU